AUGGGUUUACCAUCUUUGCUGCGGUUACGGUCGUCUCAUACAGCAACGAGCCCUUUGGACGAUAAUCAGCUUGUUCGCUAUGAGCGUAAUAAGCAGCCCACCGAGCCUGCUCCAUUCCCAGAUGGGAUCAUGGUGCUUCACGAUUGUCCUGAUGCAAUCGUCGACAUAUGCUUUCUGCAUGGCCUGACUGGAGAUCGGGAAAGCACCUGGACCGCUGCUGGACAGACCGAGCCCUGGCCAAAGACUCUCCUUCCAUCCGAGCUCAAACGUGCUCGCAUCCUCACCUUUGGCUACGAUGCAGCGCGUGAACAUGCGUCCUCUCGUCCAUUGAUAUUUGUGGCUCACAGUUUGGGAGGUCUUGUGUGUAAACAGGCUCUCUUGCAUUCACGAAAUAGCGCCGAGACUCAUCUUAGGGGCAUCUUCGAGUGCACCAAGGGCAUCAUUUUCAUGGGCACUCCUCAUAGAGGAUCAUGGAUGGCAAACUGGGCGCACAUUCCAGUUAAAGUCCUUGACAUAUUCUUUCCUACCAACCCAAAGCUAGUGCAGAUCCUAGCAACAGACAGUGAGCUCCUUAAAGUCAACCAGGACCAAUUCUUGUCAAUGGUCAACGGAAUAAACCAAGACGGAAGUGGCAGGCGUAUCGAAAUGACAUGCUUUCAUGAGCUAUUGCCGUUGCGGAGGAAUAUAAUAGUUGUGUCCAAGGACUCUGCCACCUUUGACGGCUAUAAUCCCGUCAGCAUCCACGGUAACCAUAUCAACAUGAUCAAAUUCGCAUCUAGGAAGGACUCCGGAUUCGAGAGAGUGAAGGGAGAGUUGCGCAGAUGGGAAGAAGAAAUCGAGAAGAACAUCGAUGGUCAGCAGCAGAAGCAGCAACAACACCAAAAGGUGGAAUCUAGGGAAGACAGUGCAACUACCCCUUUCCGUCAAAGCUCUGGUUCUAUACCCCGGAUCGCUUCCAGGAACCACCAUUUUAAUCAUAAUACUGGGACCAUCCACUACAAUGUCGCAGAAGGUGGUAACCUACUGACUGGAGCUAUCUUUCAGGGUGACAUAGAUUUUUCAAGAAGGUAG